AUGCAGGCUGCUAAUGGAAUUCUGGAAAGUCCAACUGGAACAGGAAAGACCUUAUCUCUUCUUUGUUCUUCACUGGCAUGGUUGGAAAAUCACAAGGCUCUCCAGCAGGCUAUGGUUCUUCAAGGCUCAGUAACAGACUCCCAAAAAAACUUUACAUCACAGUUGUGGGAUCAACUGGAGCUUGCUGUUGGUGAAAGAAAACAACAAACUACUAUUUUUUCUGUUCCUCGAAUAAUCUACAGUUCUAGAACGCACACUCAACUAUCUCAAGCUGUCCAAGAACUGAAGAAAACUAAUUACAAACAUAUGCGUGCUGUGGUACUGGGCUCUAGAGACCAACUCUGUCUCCAUCCUGAGGUGUCAAAGCUACAAAAUAAUGCUGCAAAACUUCACGCAUGUCGAGCUAAAGUAAACACUCGUGCCUGUCCAUUUUAUCUUAAUGUGGAACAAAAAAUUUUGGGAGAAAAAGAUUAUCAAACAAAUUCUGUGAUAGACAUCGAAGAUUUAGUCAAAUUGGGAAAAAAGCAUACCUGUUGCCCUUAUUAUGCAGCUAGGAGUUUGAAAAGUAAAACAGAUAUUAUCUUUACACCUUACAACUACCUCAUUGACCCAAAAUCCAGAAAAGCACAUGGAAUUGAACUGCAGGGAAAUGUAUUGAUAUUUGAUGAAGCACACAAUAUUGAAAGUGUUUGUGAAGAGAGUAUGUCAUUCCAGCUGAAGUCUGCAGACAUUGCCCUUUGUAUUAGUGAGGUAUCCCAAGUUAUAGACAAAAUGAAAGACAUAAAUAAUCUGGAUUUUUCUCAAGACUCGGGAGCACCAGAUUUCACACUUGCUGACCUCUCCAUUCUUAAAGUUAUGUUCUGUGAACUGGAGGAGGAGUUGGACAGCAUAGUUGCUACAGAAGGAGUAGCUGGCUGUACAAAGCCUGGAGACUUUAUGCUAGAGGUGCUUGCUAAAGUUGACUUAACGGCUCAGAAAAAAGAUAUUGUCCUAGAUCUACUGGACAAAGUGAUACUGUUUUUAACAGUUAACAAUACAAGUCCAUGGAUGACUAAAGGUGCUGGUCUCCAGAAAUUUUCUGAUAUGCUUAGGAUACUUUUUUCCAAGGCCUCUUUAGGAGCAACAAGUAACAACAUUAUAAAAAAAGAAUUUUCAAGAAUGUAUAAGAUUUUCUUACAGCAAGAGACUCUGAAGACUCAACAGAAACAAAUAGAUGUUUGGACUGUUGCUACAAAAACAAAUAAAAAACAAGGGUGGAUAUUGAACUGUUGGUGUUUUUCUCCUGGUCUUGGUAUGCAAGAUAUAGUUGAUCAGGGUAUACACAGCAUGAUUUUGACGAGUGGGACAUUAUCACCAUUGAAUUCUUUUGCUGCUGAGUUAGGCCAACCAUUUCCAAUCCAGCUAGAGAAUCCUCACAUUAUCAAUGAUGACCAAGUAUACAUUGGAGUUGUGUCACAAGGUCCUGAUGGCACCCCUUUAAACUCUUCAUUUAGGAACAGGUCAGAUAAAAAAUACCUCCAGUCUCUUGGUCGAACAAUAUUAAACUUCAGCAGAAUUAUACCAGAUGGCUUACUUGUCUUCUUUCCCUCAUAUUCAGUACUGAAACAGUGUAAUGAGCAUUGGGAAGAGUCGGGACUCUGGCAAAGCAUGUGUGCUGUCAAACCAAUAUUUAUUGAGCCUCAGGGUAAAGAUGCCUUUCAAGAAAGUAUUGAACAGUUUUACAAUAAAAUCUAUGCUCCAGAGUCCAGAGGUGCUUCAUUUUUUGCAGUGUGUCGAGGAAAGGUGAGUGAAGGAUUGGACUUCUCAGAUCGUAAUGCUCGAGCAGUGAUAAUUACAGGUCUUCCGUUUCCUCCAUUCUUGGAUCCAAGAGUGAAAUUAAAAAUGUCAUACUUGGAUCAAGGACCAAAGAACAAGGGUUUAUCUGGUAAUGAAUGGUACAUGCAGCAAGCUUCAAGAGCUGUCAAUCAAGCUGUGGGCAGAGUUAUACGUCAUAGGAAGGAUUAUGGUGCUGUAUUAUUGUGUGAUAAUCGGUUUGCAGAAAAACGAAUUAACUCCCAGCUUUCUCUUUGGGUGCGUGAUCGAGUGAAAAGUUACACAACCUUUGGUCCAGCUUUAAGAGAUUUAUCAAAGUUUUUUAAAAACAUGGAUAUUACAGGAUUACACAAAACCCAAGUGGGAAUAUCAAAAGAAUCAAGUGAUAAUUGUGUACAACCAGUCAAUAAUGUAGUUGAUUCAUCUUUUAAUCCAAUCCAAGAUAUAGCCAGAAAUAAAUUUUCUCAGUCUAUAGCCAGGAAUGAAACCAAAAGUCAUGAAGACGAGAAUCCUUUUCAAGGAUAUUUAUUACCAUUGAAACCAAAUGAUCAAGCAGUUCAUCAGACAACUGGUAAAAGGAAAAGUGUAUUUGAUGCUUUAGAAGAAUGUGAUGCCAAGAAUUUUAAAGACACUCAAAGUGUAAUCUCAUUUUCUUCUCUUGAUACGGGUGUGAAGAAUACAAAUCAGCUGAGUGCUUCAGAGUCAAAAGAUACAAAGAAGAAUUGCAAAAGAAGAAAGAUCAAUAUGCAAUUACAAGGUAUUGAUGGUGAACCAAACUGUAAACCACACACUUCCGUAGGCGCUAACCCAUUGAAAGUAGAAAACUCUCGAGAAAUUUGGAAAAAACAUCUAAUCAAGAUAAAACUUUUGCUUGGGAAAACUCCAGACUAUGCCAAGUUCUGUAGUGCUAUUAAGGAGUAUAAAAGUGUAAGAGAUGUGAAACAGUUUGCUUCUGUCAUGAAACAAGUAUUUAGCAACGUUGCUGAAGGGAAGAAAUUCAUUGAAAUUACAUCCCAGAUUGUUUCAGCUAAUGAAAGAAUUGAGUUUCUGAAAUUGUGUGAAUCAAAGAUGGAAAAAGCUUUACUUAUUGAAAAUGAGGAAAGUCAUAGAUCUGAAGCAGAUAUAUCUGAAGGUUCAAAUGUCUCAACACCAUACAGUCAACCUGAUAAGGUUAGUUCUCAACCUCCACGAGCUUUGUCUUUCUUCUCAGGACUAGAACACACUUGCUGCUGGUGUAAAGGAAAAGCCAGAGUUCCUGUAAGAACAUCCUGUGGGAAUGUUUACUGUUGCUUAUGUUUAAAGCAGCUUGCAAAAGACAAAUCGAAUUGUGUUUUGUGCCAGAAACUCCUGAAGAAACACAAGUCUGAUAGACUGUACUUCAGUUCAGCACCUAUUUCCAAGAAAGUGGAGUUGCAUUCUUAACAUUGAUUUAUUAAUAGAUUAUCAUCUGCACGUAUAAAAAGAUUGUUGUACAUAUAGUUUUAUGCCUGUUCUUGUUCCUGAAUACACUGAAAAGUUGAUCAGAUAUACAAUGACAAUAUUAAGAUCUUUGUUUGUGCUGUUUUCUUGUAAAAUAAAAUCGGGUUGAUUUUAUAAUUUUAAAUAUUUUUGUAGCAAUAUUUUUUCUUGAUGAAAUUUUUAAACAAGUAUGUUUAAGGGUAGGAAAUUGCUAAGUGAUGAUCAUUAAUGCCAAAAUACGAUAAACUUAAAAUGAAGAACAACUGGAUUGAGGGCUUAUAAAAUGUAAUUACUAAAUGUGAUACAAAUAUCAGACUUUAUUUACUUAUAAUUUCCCAAGUACUGUACAUGGAAUCUUAACUCACUGUCUAACAUAGGAAGACAGAGCUAUAGAUUUUAACCUUUACUUUAGUUAUUACUUGCAAAGUAUUGAUUUCUUUAAUAAAUUGUAAAAAAUUGCUUUUUUCAUUGUAGUUUGCUCAAGUUACAUGGACUCUUUAAGCAUGAAUUUAGAUGUUAUUUAUUUAUAACAGUUGAACACACACAGAUUAUGUAUGAAUGGUUUAAUAAUUUAAGGUUUGCUAUAAUGUAUGCCAAGUUCAAAUAGUAAGUGCAUGUUUUUGUCUUUCAUAAUGUGUUAACGAGUAUUAAUUUUUAUAUGGAAUAUAAAGAAAAAAAUUGUUUACAUUCACACUGAAUGUUGAUUUAUUAAAAAAUUUGGUAAUUGAUAUAUAUUUUCAGGUUAUGUUUGUGUAACCUGUUCUAUUAAGCUACUCAUGUUUUUGAUGGUACUAUAAACUUGAACCUUUUAUUUACUUUUAAUGUUAUUAAAUAUGACAAGUGUUAUAUAAAAGUAAAGAAGAUUUACAUGCAAAUAUCACGUGUUGGUAAAGUAUAUCAAAAUUCUCCUGCAAGUACAGAAAUGCUGUAAAAAAUUUCACAUUUAUUGGGAACUUACAAUGAAAUAACUAUUUCAUUAGUGAUGGUAUUAUCAAAGAAUGUUUGCUGUAAGUCUGAUCUAGAAGAUUGAAAUUUAUUUUGUCACUCUUCACAUUGGAGUUUUUAAAUAUAAUAGUAGCACCCCUAUAUUGCUGCCAGGUCACAUGUUAGUUUUAUUGCACUCUAGAAGAGUAGAAACAAAUCAUUCACAUGGUUAGGAAUUUAAACCCAAGUAAAAAACUAUUAAGUACUUUUGAAUUUUUUCUAAUUAAACAUAUCUUAAGAUGAAUUUUAUUUUCUGAUGGUAACUCAAUUAUAUUUAUGGUGAGACAAAAUAACUUUUUGAGAUUAUAGUUUUAAAUGCAUGCACUAAUUGGAAGUUAAGUGUUUUUUGAGAAUGCCUUGGCAUGAAUGUUUAAGCUACAUUUGAAUAAGUACAGUUAUUAGUGGUUAUAAUGUGCUGAAAGCUGAGUUUUUUAGCUUAAUUAAUAACAUUCCUGCUAUGUAAAUGUUUAUCUGGUACUGCCAGGCACAAUAUUAGUUGACAAAAAUCUAUGAGCCAAGUAUGUAAAGUUCAAUACUCUUCUAUAUUGUGUUCAUGUACUGGAAUUUACAGAACAUUUUGGGUAGAUUCAGGGUUAUAUUAGUUACUCAGGUGCUCCAACACUUGUAUGGAGGAAGACAGU